GUUCUCGUAAAGCCACGGGGAAGAUAGAGAGAGAAUGGAGUCAACCCUGCACUAAAUUUGGGGGUCUUACGCGAUCAUCAUCGCCGAUACUUACUAAUCUUUCCUAAAAUUAUCCAAAUCACCUUAAUCGGUUCAUCCCUUCUCUCUCUACCUCACGGCCGCCCGUCCGUCCGUCCGUCGUCGUCCGAUUAUCCUAGAACAUUUGAGCAGGCUUUGUGAUCCAUACAGAAUAAGCUUUUCUAGGGUUUCUUCUGUUGUUUAAUUUGAAUCUGGGGAAGGGGAUCUAUCAAUUUUGUUGUUGGAUUCUAAUGAAAAUUUCUGAUAGUAGUUGAGUUUAAGAAGAGGAUUAUUCAAAUGGACAGUACAAAUUCUACAGACAAACCAUCUAUUGAUCUUGAAACUGGUCAGACAAAUAAUGAGGAAGAUAGGCCUUUGUUGUUUAGUCAUAACAAUAUAUUGAGAAAUUUGUUUUGUAACGAUGGAAAUGUUAAUUCAACAAGAGAAGAAAGGAUUAUUCAAGAACAACAAUUGGUCCAAACAAACGAGAAUGAGAUAAGCAAAAGAUCUUAUAACAAUAACAAGAAGAAGGCUUGUUGUAAACCACCUCGGCCUCCUAAAGGUCCUGAACUUGAUGCAUCUGAUGUGAAGUUAAUAAAGGAAAUCUCACAACUUGCUAUGAAGAAACGGGCAAGAGUUGAACGUAUGAAAGCCUUGAGGAAGAUGAAGGAAAUCAAAUCAUCGUCGUAUUUAUCGUCUACGCCAUCUAGGAGUAGCAUUUCUGCGUUCAUCAUCACAAUUCUCUUCUUUCUUAUUGUUAUAUUUCAAGGUUUGAAUUCUAAAGUGGGAUCUCAUCAUGUGAUCUUUCAAGGCUCUCCAGAGCCAUCAAUGGCGGCUACUGACAGUUUGAUAUCAGUUCAGUUUUUCCAUGACCCAUCACGAAACAUAGGCAAUGGUCCCGAUUCGAGUUCUCCAUACACUAUGGAGCAGGCUUCUGGUUCAGAUUCAGCAUCUCCUGGAUAGGAAGAUAUUUUUUUGUGCAUUUUGAGGUUGACUUUUUUUGUUUUUUUGUAUAUAUUCUGGUGGUGUCCAACAUAGCCUUAAUUAAACUACUAUUAGUAGAUACGAUAAUAAUGGCUAUGUUCUCAUCUUUUCCAUCUCUUUGUACUAAAAUUCUUGUAGGGUUUCUUUGUUUAUUAACACGGAUUUUUAUUUGUUUU